AUGCUGCCGAAUCUGAGAUCCGUCGUCGCGCAGGUACAUCGUAGAUCGUUAUCGAUCAGGUCUCGCCGUAAUUUCUCUUCAGAUCCUAGCAGCAAAAAUGUGUCGAAGGGAGCAGCAGAAGGGGCAAUGGAUAUAGAUUACCCGAAGGGAACAAGGGCGGGAUUUGUGUGGCGGGUCCUAACUCGUGGUUUAACAAUCAAUCUCGGAUUUUACAUUGGUGAAAUUAUAUGUGGCGAUGUUGUAGCGGAUAUUAAGAAAAGAGUGAAAGGGCAAAGAAGAACUUCGCGGAAACAGAAAAGGUGUAUCUGCAGGCCCUUGCCACUCGAGGAAAGCCUUAGUUUAGUCAGUGUGGACUUUUCCUCUGGUUUCGUCCCAUAG